AUGAUUCUAUACAAAGGUAUCGAUGGUAAUUUACGUUGGAACACAACAGGUGAAACUGUAUUCAAGUCGCGAAAUAUUACUAGUGGUUCGAGAGGUAUUUAUAUCGACUUCGAUGAUACGAUGUAUAUCGCAGACAUGGAUGUUGUAUGGAAACUAUUACCCAAUAGAACAAUGGUUACUGUUGUAGCUGGAACUUUAAAUUCAACUGGACCGAACAGUACUCAGCUGAGUUAUCCUCAAGAUGUUUACGUGGAUAGAUACGGUAAUAUAUAUGUGACUGAUUAUUACAAUAAUCGCGUACAGAAAUUUAUUAAUAAUUCAGCAGUUGGAAUUACAAUUGCAGGCAACGGAACUUCUGGAACUGGAUUGCAUCAACUAUAUAAUCCAACCUUCUUUGCUUUUGAUUCGACAAACACAUAUUUCUAUGUUGUUGAUUAUGGUAAUAAUCGUGUUCUGAAAUUUCCUUCAAAUUCUACUUCAGGUGGUAAUGGAACUCUUGUAGCCGGUGUAAAUAAUUCUAGCAAUCAAAACACAUCAUUCGACCAGCCUUCAGGUAUUGCACUAUCACCAUCGCUCAUCGAUAAUUUAUUCAUAACACUUUAUGGUGAACAUUCAGUAAUACGUUGGACAUCAAACACGUUUUCGGGUAUUUUUGUAGCUGGUAUUUCCGAUGUGCCAGGUUCAAACUCGACUUUACUUAGAAAUCCAAGAGGUAUUAGAAUUGACCAUAACCUAAACAUAUUUGUUGCUGACGCUGGUAAUCAUAGGAUACAGAUGUUUUGUGCUGGUAGUCAAACGGGUAUUACAGUUGCUGAUUCAAACAACAGGCGAAUUCAGAGAUUUCUUAAAAUCUAA